GGUAAAGUGCGACGCUAGAUACCUUGUUAGCAUAGCACUCUACUAGGUAUCACCCGAGGGAACCCCUCAUUAUAAUAUGGAUACUGAAGUUGCCUACAAGGCCACCAUGAUAUGAGAUAGAAUUAUUUUCUUCGCUUUUACCAUUUUGUUUAUUUUAUAAUUUCAAGUCUUGUUUCGAAAAAUCUCUCUGCAUAUACCAAGAAACCAAGAGCAAGUUUCUGAAAGAAGCUCUGAUAUAUCAUGUCAGUCGCAUUGAUCACGGCGGGAAGCGCCGGACUCGGAGCGGCUGCGAGUCGGCUCUUUGCCAAGAACGGUUUCCGGGUCAUCGUGAACUAUGCGAACAACGAGGAACGAGCAAACAAGCUCCUUGCUGAAUUGCCGGCUCUGUCUACUCUACCCCAUGACAGUACAAGCGAAAACUUCGCCGUUAUCAAAGCUGAUCUGGGUAGUCGAGACGAUAUAAACCGCCUUGUCAAGGAGACCGUUGAUAGGUUCGGCAGGCUGGAUGUCAUCUUUUCAAAUGGUGGAUGGACGCGCUUUCGUGGCAUGAUCAGCAUCGAUGAUAAUGCAUACGAAGAGGACUGGGAUCGUACUUUCAACCUUAACGUGAAAUCUCAUAUGUGGCUUAUGCAAGCUGCUAAGAAACACCUUGAUGAAACCGAGGGGGCUUUCAUCACCACCGCCUCCAUUGCUGGUGUAAUACCUAGCGGAAGCUCUUUGCCUUAUUCCGUUACUAAAGCCGCGCAAAUCCAUCUGGUAAAAGCGCUAGCGAUUAUGGCUGCUCCCAAGAUCAGGGUUAAUUCUGUGUCCCCCGGCUUACUACUCACGGACUGGGCAGAAAAUUUCUCAGAAGAGGGUAAACAAAGCCAUAUACAGAAGACUAAACUUAAGCGCGUCGCCACUGUCGAGGAUGUCGCGGAGCAGGUUCUUCUUUUCGCAAAGAGCAGGAGUAUCACGGGGGUUAACGUCGUGGUCGAUGCUGGUUUCACUUUGUGACCUCGCCUCGUCACAAGACUGGCCUUGGCCACUUCUAUAUAUUAUUCUCUGUGUAUACAAGUGUGUAUGUUAGUUUGAGAAGAGAUAAUGGAGCAUGGUGGCUAUUUGAUCAGCUUAUAGACACUUCACCAGGAAUAGGUGGUAUAGUCCUAACUCAAGUGUAAUACGCGCUUCUGCUAAGGUCGAUAUACCUAGUAUUUAUAGGCUUCGGUGUGAGCCUAGAGGCUAUAAGUGAGCGAAUCGCGAGUCGUACUUGUCUAGCUGCUGCCUAGGUAGGUAAAGAAGUGUUAAUAGGAUAGAAAGCCUUGAAGAGAUCAUAUGGCUUCACAACAGAAAUCAUGCGGCUUAUAGGAUGAAAGUUAUAGGUAAGUCAUAAAACGAUAUCACGGGAGACUUUGAAGAGACAAAUAAGACGAAAAGUCUAGGCGGAAGUGUAUAAAGUGGGAUGACGCUAAAACCUAUCUCUUGUGUUACAGUUCCCAGGCUGCCACGUGGG